AUGUCACCCUCCAAGGCCUUGACAAUAUUCGCUCUAUGUAGCCUGGCUGCAGCAACUUGGACAUCAUCUAAACGCUUUAAACCAGCGGUAUGGAUGCAUUUUCUCUGCACGGCGUCUUCCCCAGAUGCCGAAAACGCAGAGUGGCUCAAGUCCGCGGCCGUCCUGAAAUGGUCAACACCAACAGCCAACCGUCAAACACCCAAUAAUCAGGACAAACGCCACGCGAAUGGUCCUGUUACUCUUAUAUGUUUUCGGCCGAUGGAGGGUAUCUGCGAGCGAAUCUUCCACCUCGCACAAGAAUCCAAUUGGGGAGAUGUCCUUCAAGACCCGUAUCUAUUGUUGCUCGAUAUGGUGUAUGAAUCAUGGUAUCUCCGUCUGGACGAGAGUGCCUGGAAGACAAAUAAUCUUUGCCAAAAUAUCGAAAAGGAUGCAUUCAAAGGCACCAGAGACCUUGACGCGAGUUUCCCGGGCCCACCAGUCGUCGAUAUCUAUUACGUCCACACGAUUGCCAAAAAUGCGAUCUUUAUGCUGGAAGCCGUUGAUGCCACGCUUCGGUCACUCGACGCAGCCAUCGCACAUCACCAAGAGCUAUCAUAUACCAUCUCUCCCCCACAAAAGAAUAAGAAGGAGGAGAAUAGGAAAAUUCUCCAUCUGGUGAAUGGAACAUCGGAUAAACGCUCCCCAAUAUGGAGAGCCACGCAAGGCAUGCUGUUGCACCGCAGGGAGCUUUUCCAGGCAACCAGAUUGCGCACCAUUAGUGUUGAAAAGCGGCUGACCAACAUUAUCAACCUCGCGUUCAACAUUGAUGCUAUGCGAAACAGCCGCAUAACCCAACGCGACAGUUAUAGCUUGAAAGCGCUUUCACUGGUUGCCACCGUUUUUCUCCCUAUUUCGACUGUGGCCACAGUAUUUAGCACGCCAUUCUUCGAAGCCUCUGGUCCGUCGACAUCUCCCCAAGCUAGUGACGUUCAAGGAGGGGGGACUCUGCUUGUUAACAGUAAGUUUUGGCUUCUCUGGGCGGUCUCAAUGCCUAUUAGUGUAGCCCUCAUUUUCGGCUGGUGGUUCUGGGUAAAGGGAGUUGAUGCAGGGUCCAGAACGAGGAGGAUAAGAGAAAAGGACGUUGAAAAGGGAUAG